UCAAACUGGAAAUUUCUUUUGCCCAUUAAAACACAACUAUAAUAAUGGGAAAUUACGUGAGCAAAAUUGCGUCGAUGUCAAAUAAUGCAGUGCACUCUGUAUACCGAGGUCGUAAACGAAAGUGCAUCGAAGAAGAUGAUUUUGAUUCUGAAUCGGAUUAUAUCGAUCGCACGCUUCAAACUCCAAAAAAGAGAAAAUUGCUGACAACAGCACAGUACAUUUAUAAAACAUUAUUCCAAGAAGAAAAAGGAAGUGAUAUAACUGUGUUUAUGUUGGGUAAAGCAUGGAGAUUACAUAAAGUUUAUAUUAGUCAGAGUCCAUAUUUUGCAAGUAUGUUUUCAGGAUCUUGGAGAGAAGCAAAUGAGACAGUUAUAAGUGUAGAAAUUGCUGAUCCUAACAUCACAUUAGAUUCACUUUUGACAGUUUUUGGUUCCUUCUACCAGGAUGAAGUCAGUUUAGAACCAAAAGAUGUUAUACCAAUUUUAGCUACCUCCACUUUAUUUCAAUUGCAAGGACUAAUUGAUCAAUGUACAGAUAUUAUGAUAGAGACAACAAAUAUAAAGACAGUUGUUCCUUAUUAUAAUGCUGCUGUAUCUUACGGUGUGCCAGUGGUAAAAACAGCAGCAAAAAGGUGGUUAGAAGUUAAUCUCUUAGGAUAUGGAUGGUUACAUCCAACUUUUUUGAAAGAAAUUACACCUGAUUUAAUGGCUGAGUUAAUUGCUAGUCCUGAUUUAAUUGCUAUGCAAACAGAAUUUUGCAUAUAUAUGAUGUUACGUGUAUGGCUUUUCGUGCAUGUACACAAUAAAGAAGAAACACUUCAAAUUGAUGAAUACUUUAGGAAUCAUAAGUGGACGAAACCAUUCCUUACAACAGAAGAAGGCAAAGAAUUCGCAGCACCUUUUGAGGCACUGAGAAUGAAAUAUCUUUUGUUACAUGAUCAAGAUGUGAAAAUUUUAUAUAGCGAUAAUUUAAUACCACAUGAAUGGUUACAUAAUGCAUACAAAGAACAAUGGUUACAUUUAUUAAGAAUAGAUGCGAAUAAAGACCGAGGACCAAAACAGAUGAGCGAGGAAGAAUUCGCUCGUAAAUGUUUCCGUUGUGGAAGAUGCAUCGAAAAAGCUGGCGAGCAUAUUUGGAGAUGGACAGCAUUUCAUUUUGGAUUAGAUUUGGUGGUAUGCUUGGAUAGCACUACUUUAAGAAUUAAGAGGAAUCACAGACUAGACACAGACCAUAUAAAAGCUAAUCAUAGCAAACAUAAUAUCAUUUUAAAAGUAAGCUUAAUUUCACUGGAUGAACAACGUCAAAUAAAACAUAUUCAAAGUUCGGGUAUGCUUAGGUUAUCGCUUCAUAAAAACGAAGAAAAACAGGUGAUGUCUUUGGAUAAACAACUUACUUAUCCUUUGUAUAUAUCAGUCAACAUGCAAGUAGUUACACCAUUUGUAUCAACAGAAGAGGAAAAAUCGGCUGACAGAGUAAUAUUCUCGGAUACUUAGUAUUCUGAAUAUUCAACGUCUUUUAAAGAUUCGAAUUGAAC